AUGUCUUCCCGAUCUCCUUCUCGUAGGAAGCCCCCCGGCAACGAAGGAGGAAAACGCAAACAUAGAGAAUCCAGUAGCGCUUCAUCUGGCAAUAACAAUAGCAAUAUCCGAGGUAAGAAGCAAGAACGUGCCAAGCCUCCCAAAGAAGAAGAUCGUGCAAGAACUGGAGCACGCCCCUCUUCAACAGAACGUUCAGACUCUCAAGGUUCAAGGAUAAGCUCAGAGAAAUCCCAGUGGUCUUCAGAUGGCGAGCUUCCGGAAGGUGUUUCGAGCGCGACAGAUCUGGCCAUCCAUCGGAAUCGAGGAGAUCACCAGCCAUCGUACGAUAGUCCACCGCCUCCACGCUCCCCGCCUAAACUUCAAAAAGAAAAGUCACUAGACUCUUUUCCUUCUUUGAGUGAGACGCAGAGCGAGAGAAUUCAGUCAAAUAUUACGCAUAUACGUAUGAAGAAAGGAUGGCUGGACCCCAAUAUCUCAGCGAACGGAGAAGCAAUUGCUGAAUACGAUCGCCAGAUCGGAGAACUUGGACGGCAAUUGACGCAAUUACGGAGAGGUUGGUGUAUGUGA